UGCUUUGAGGGAGUUGUAAACUUUUGGUAUAUUUUUGAAGUUGAGCAGAAUUAACAGCAUCUGGAGUACAAUUUUUUAUUUUUUUUUUUGGCAGUUUUACGACUAAAAAGAUGUCCGAUUCUGUUGUCAAUCCACAUUUGGAGGGGAUUAUAUCAGAUUUUGAAGCUCUGAAGAGGUCCUUUGAAGUGGAGGAUGUUGACACUACCGCUCACUCAUCCCCUGGCACUCGCCGCACCACCAGCUCCCCUUAUCGUAACACCAUGUCUCCCACCAGCAUCUACUACCGUGACCUGGGCACUACAGCCCCAGCCUCCAACAGCAAUAACAUCAAUUACGCCCAACCCCGCUCAAUCAUGGGGGGAGCAGGCUCGAGAACCCCUGAACCUGUGUCGCGUCGCUCUGAACUUUCUAUUGACAUCUCCACUUCUUCUAGCAAGCAGGUUGAUAACAUCACCAGCCCUGCUUCUGCACGAUUUGUGACCAACAGCUCCCUAAAACGUCCCGAAGUCCUGGGCCACUCCAGAACCCCGGAGAUGAGCCACAAAAGAGAAGUCACAUUUUCAAAGACACCUAGCGAUUCACCAGUCACACGCCGCAAUGAGGGCAACAUUAACAAUGAAGCCACCCGGAUCCCUGAGCAGAAUCAGACUCGCAAAGCUGAGCCCCCUGGUUCUGCAGAUGUCCGUAAACCUGACAUCAACGUCACCAGAGCUACCCAGGAGAAUAACGGCUACCACUCAGCUGUGCACCACCCCCAUCAUUCAAACCCUCACCACAACACCAUCAUCACCACGUUCCGCUGCUCUUCGCCAAGCCAUGUCGGACGCAAAUCUCCAAACCCUGACAGGUCAGAGGUCAAUCCAAGUCACAGCAACAUGUCCGAGUCCGCCAAGCUCCACCACCCCAACCCACAGGGUAAAGUGGAGAAGUCCCCCAACAGCGACUUUGGCUAUGUGGGCAUUGAUGCCAUCCUGGAGCAGAUGAGGAGGAAGGCUAUGAAGCAAGGCUUCGAGCUCAACAUCAUGGUUGUAGGUCAAAGCGGAUUGGGGAAGUCCACUCUGAUGAACACCCUGUUCAAAUCCAAGGUGAGCCGCAAAUCAGUGCAACCCGACGCUGAGGAGAGAAUCCCAAAGACGGUCAAGAUCAAAUCCAUCAGUCACGAUAUCGAAGAGAAAGGAGUGCGGAUGAAGCUCACAGUGAUUGAUACUCCUGGCUUUGGGGAUCAGAUCAACAAUGAAAACUGCUGGCAGCCAAUAAUGAAGUUCAUCAACGAUCAGUAUGAAGUCUACCUGCAGGAGGAAAUCAACAUCGACAGAAAGAAGAGGAUCCCAGACUCCAGGGUGCACUGCUGCAUAUACUUCAUACCUCCCACUGGCCACUGUCUCAGACCUCUGGAUGUGGAGUUCAUGAUGCGUCUCAGUAAAGUGGUCAACAUCGUUCCUGUCAUCGCCAAGGCUGACACACUCACCCUGGAGGAGAGGGAAAGCUUCAAACAGACGAUUAGAGAAGAGCUGCGAGCCAAUGGGAUCGACGUUUACCCCCAGAAAGAGUUUGAUGAGGAUGCAGAGGACAGGAUGAUCAACGACAAAAUCAGGGAGAUGAUCCCUUUUGCUGUGGUGGGGAGUGACCAGGAGUACCAGGUGAAUGGGAAGAGGAUUCUGGGAAGGAAAACAAAGUGGGGCACCAUUGAAGUUGAGAAUAUUGCACACUGUGAGUUUGCUUACCUGCGAGAUCUCCUCAUCAGGACACACAUGGAGAACAUCAAGGACAUCACAGGCAGCAUCCACUACGAGACAUAUCGUGUCCGCCGGCUAAACGAGUCCAACAUCCAUUUCGACAUUCAUCCAUCUGAACAUACCGGCGACCAGACCAAAGCGAACGGUCAGCCCGAAGCGCCGCCCACUGAUGCCCAGACUAACGGAGUGGCUGCACAGCAUGAAGCCCUGUCCCACGAGAUGUAAAGUCCGGUGUGAUGUCAGGACACAGUCAGGCACAAAACACAAGUCACACAUCCAUUCUGUUUACAUGACGCCACACACACAUGCACACUCAUGCUGUGAAGCCCAUUUUGAGUUCAAACAUUUCUCAUUCAACAGAAAGCUCGAACACAAGAACAUAACAUUUCACCCUGCAGCGUUUCCGUCCUUCAGACUCUGAGCAGAACUGUGUCUUCACACUCGACCCUCUUUCUCGUUGCUGUUUGCAGCUUUAGCCACUGUCACAUGAUUAUCACCUCAUAAAUAAACAGUGUACAUGUUUCAGUGCUCAGAUUUGGCUGUUGGGCUUAUUCAUAGAUCAUGACUGCAUUAGCAAAGACAGGAGCUUCCUCACAGUUCUCAGUGACGUCAUAGAGCCGUCCACAAUCAAGACUCUGCCCUCCAGCGGGAAAGCUGCACAUGUUAGAACCAAAAAUACACAACUGUGCAAUAGUUUAACGCACCGUCCAGUCUGUUUGGAAACAGUCUUUGAUUGGGUUGUCAAUACAUGACCAGAAGUUAUAGUAUACAUUUUUGUAUUUAAUUAAAUAAGCGAAUCAAUUAUGAAGCUACAAACUUCUUUAUCAAAUGAUUAAAAAAUACAGUGACUGUAAAAAUUCAGUUACAAAACUAUAUUCUUCUAAAAUGCAGAAAACCACAGAAAAGAAACUUUGUAGUUUUAUCGCCAACCGUUUUAUUUUUAAAGGUUAAAAGAAAUCC